AUGGCAAGGGCUGGUCCGGUCGGACCCACGCCGCCUCGACGAGUAACCCGGAGCCAGUCUCAAGACCCGAGUUAUCAGAAGGUCUCUGUGAAGGGCGCGAGAAAUUUUGCGACGCGAGAUGGUAUUUUUAACGGACUGAAUACUGUCACUGAAGAUACACCAAUCUCUUCACGACAGACAUCUAUCUCCAAGAAUGGAUCGCCUGAGAUAUUGGGGACGCCCGAGCCUUUAGAGGAGAACGGCAAUAUCUCCGGUACCACAUUCCUGGAGGCAGACGACCUCGACUCAGAUGACGAUGAUGAGGCUUCUGGCGACCCCAUUACCAUGCUCGACGAGCUCCCAGAUCUCCAGCAAGCAGCUUCCAGCUUAAUGAGCCUGUUGGUAUCCAACCAAUCAGAUCCAAUAGGGAUUGUGAACGCAGCGAAGCGCAUGCGAGUAGCUGGUCUCGCAAGCAAAGAAAACAAACGGCUCAAAUCGCACUGCAAAAAGCUUAUUGAGAGGAUGAAGUUGUAUGGCGAUCUGCCUUUCGUUGAUGUCCCUCAUAUCCGAAGUUUGAUUCCCUCUAUCGCCGCAGGGGGAGAUCAUCAGCCGUGGAGCCCCUCCCCGACACUACACAGCGCGAACUGCGCCAGGUUGGCCAUUGAGGUUCUGUUGUCAACUGCUGAUUCAGGUUCGGCAAAACAGGUGGUUGAAAGUCUCAACAGCCAGUUCCCCGCCCCGUUCUUAGAUCAGUUUGUCAACGGCCGUGAUUCCAACCCGAUCGGGUCGAGUGCGGCUGAAAAGGCUGCCUGGGAGCUUGCGCUUGAUAUCCGAACCCAGUAUUUCAUCAUGGAAUUUGAGCAACUUCAAACCGAAAAGGGCUUCGAGCCAAAUCACCUUCUCCGGUCAGUAUUCUAUGACGAAACGAGACACGAGGGCGGCGAGUUGGAUUCUCGCUGGCUUCGAGGAUUCUCUUUGGAAGCAGCCUUCAGGGAUGAGAACGGCUGUCUUCCAGACCGGUAUCACGAUUCUGUCCUGGAUCGUAUGGGGGAACUAGAACUCGGCCUCUUCGAUGAUGAUGGCGCUCCCAAUGCGAAAGGCCUGAGAGCUGCCUUCUCCUGGCAGAGGUUCUCUCUGCGCACAGCCCGUUUUCUUCACACUCGGGAUAAGGAAAUCCGACGUGACUUGAAAGUUCAGGCAAACUUUGAUGAUGUCCAUGAUCUUCUUGAAAGGAGAAUCAAGGGUGAAACCACACCCGAUGAGGAACAUACGGAGCAGGAGUCCAGUAUUUCCAACGCCGAUGAAUCGUCAUUACAAAUUUCAUUAUUAGAUGAUCAGAGUCCCGUGAGGGUCCAGUCGGUUCGGCAAAUGUCGCCGUCCGCACAGCAAAGGUCAUUUGCUACGGAAACUACACUUUCAGGUUCACCUGAAAAGUCUGUUGGACAGCCCAGUCCCACGAGGAACCAGUUGAUUCGGCAGACGUCGCAGUCGGCACAGCAUAGAUCACUUGCUACGGAGCCUACGCUUUCAGGCUCACCUCAACAAUCUGUUGGGCAGCCCAGUCCAGUUAGCCUGGGCAAACAGCCAGCGGCUUCACAUUCCAAUCGAAGGAAAUCAGCCAAAGGCCAAUUCUUGAACAUGGACUCUAUCACUCGUCUCAAACAACGUUUGAGUAGCGUCACGUCGAGUUCAUUCCGUCCGGAACCGCGACCGGCAGCACCAACUUCCACCAGAAACGAGGAAACCACCUCAGAUCAACAUGGCGAUGAUUAUACCAAUGAUUCUACGAACGACUUUUUUGAUCUCAGUGGCAAUCCAGAUCAAUCAACAACGCCUCCUGGCUCUGCCAGAACAAGGCAAGUGAGCUACAACCCCAGCCACCAGGUUGAUACCCCAGGCCCAAGUCGACUUCGGGCACCCCCAUUGACAAGCGACGAGCAUGAAAACGACCAAACCACCCAGAAAACUGGGGAAGGGCCGUCUGUUCAAACACCGCAACGGACCAUCUUCGAUCGGCAGAAGAGCGCCAUGAGAGUUUCCCCCAUCGAUGACGAAGCCGAGAGUCAGAGUGCAGAAAAACGAGCAGCUCAAACCAACGCCCUCAACUCCAAGAAACGCCCUCGGGAGGAAACAGAUGAUGAAGAGUCCGGGGAUGAAUUUGAGCAACAUGCACGUCCCAUCGAUGUCGACGCAAAGCGAGCCACAAAACCACAGCCAAAGAAACGUGCUCCCCCGCGUGAGGAACAUUCUACCACUCUCGACAGUGGCUCUGAAGCAAACCACCAACUCCAACAGCAACUUAUGGCCUCAAGUCAGGAUGUGCCUGUAUCCCAGUCUUCACCCCGGCAAUCCACAGUCUCCUCGUCUAUGCCGCCACCACUUCGACCAACAACUACAGCAAUGCCCCGACCGGCAUCUACUUCACUCGCUCAGCCUAUUGUACAGUCUUCCUGGUCAGCCCGAAAUGUCAGCGGACAAACAGCUCCUGGUAAAGGUGGCAAAUGGUCCCAAGAAGAAGAUGAUCGACUAAUCCAAGGAAUGGCUGUUCAUGGUACCUCCUGGGCCACGAUCAUCAAGGAAGACAGCCUUUGUCCCGAAAGUGAUGGCGGGCCUGUUUUCGCUUUGAGGCAGCGCAGUCAAAUUGAUAUCAAGGAUCGUGCACGUGUUCUGAAGAGGCGUAUGCAGAAGGCCGGACAACCUCUUCCUCCGGGACUCGCCAAGGCUUCCAAGGUGUCAUACUGA